AUGGAAUUUCACAAAUGGUGGGUUGACUACUGCAACCAACAAAUCUUUGAUGUUGCUGGCCUUUCGCAUGAACUGAAUGAGGCAGGAGCGUUUCCAGAAAGGCAGAACAUCAAAGAUCCUGCUGCCAACACUAGCAAGUCUGUCAUUCCUUCGAAGGAUAAGAAGACUAACGAAGACUCCAGUAAAACCAGCAAAUCGAAACUUGUGAGGAAGGCUGCUUCUAAAAACAUUACAGUCGAAUCAGAUGGUGAAGAUUGUUCUCCUCCCCACAUAAAAUUGAUAACUAAGAAGAGGCAAAAAGCCUCCAUUCCUUUGGUUCGGGAGAAAGAGUCAGGGACUUCGAAGCCUACAGCUUCGAGUGGCAAGAAUUCAUCUGAUGAACAACUUCCAAAGACUGUUGGAGCUAAUCAUGUUGUCGAAAGCCAUAAUUCUAGCCCAGACAAUAUUCCCUCCAAGAAACCUCCAUCAGUUACUGCCCCCAUCCUUUCAGAUAAUGACAGUGAUGACAUUCUAAAGAAUACUCAAAACAUUGACCAUGUUGAAGAUAAUCGCUCGAAUGACUCAUCACCAGAUAUUUCCCCUGCGAACCAAGAUGUUGACAUGGAGGAACAUCCUCAAUUGUCUAACAUAGAUGAAGGCGACGAACAAUCUGCGGAGGGUACAAAAACUGAUCCCAUGGAUGAAGAUAAAACCCAAGAUGAAGCUUCUAGCCAGCUUAAAAUUAGAAAGGAAAAGACGAAACCUUUCGGGACAGUCACUGUACAUACGACUAUUUCGACUAAGACUCCUCCGCUAUCUUCUCAGGCUGAAUUGGAAAGUCUUAAGGCUACUGAUCCUGCUGGCGUUCUCAAAACCAUGAUGAGCGCGAGGAGUAGUUCGUCCAGCAAGGGUGGGGUGGGGUGUCUUCGACAUAUUUAUAUAGUAAUUUGA